AACCCUUCAUGUUGCAAUUUGUAAUCAGACUAGUAAAUGAUAUAAUUUUUACAGCUUCGAGGAACUCAUAAACACGUGAGAGAAGAUGACAAGAUCUAGAUCAAGAUCACCACGAUGGAAACCAAGGUCCUUAUCUCCAACUUUUAGAACUCCCGAGCAUCAUAGGCAAAGGCAUGCUCACAUUAAUUAUGACUGUGAAUAUAAAAGCUUUCGUAAGGACCCCAAAAAGUCUAUGCCUUGGAGAACAGAAGAUGAAAAGUAUGGACAAAGCAAUUCCAGGUUUGCACCUCAUGGAAAUAACCACCAGAGAAUAUAUGAACGUAGGUCACCUUCACCAAACCUGAAAAGAAUUCCCAUGGAAGAUGGCUACAGUCAUAAGCCCUACAGAACACAUUCAUCUGAAAGGACUGAAAGCAAUAGGAGAUGCCAGUUACCACCAAAAUACUCGGAAAUGCCUUAUAAAGAGCAUGAUCGUCCGUUUUACCAGCACAAAAUGGAGGACAGAUACAUGUUUGAUCAUUACAAAGUCACUGGAAAUGAAAAAGGAAUGAAACCUUUUCAUAGAUCGUUAGGGGGUUCAUGCAAACUUGAAAGAAAAUGGCACGAAGAUGACUUGAGGCACCAGAGGUUACAUGAAGAGAAGUAUGGUCAGUCACCCAGAAGAGUUUCUGAUGAAUUUACGGCAAGGAGCUCUUUACAGAAGAGGUAUCCUGAAGAUCACGAUUACAGAGAAUAUGGGCACGCGUCUAAAAGGGCUAAGGAAAUGGAGAGGUAUGACGGUGGAGAUGUAGCACGAAAUUCCAAGUGGAAGCAAGAGCGUUCUUUUCCACCCUGCCAAGAAAAGGAGGAGCAAAGAUACCCGGGUGCGCAGUCCCACCGGUCGGCUGAGAGGGAGUACUUGGGGGGGUGUGUCCCAAAGAUAGCCUAUGAGUACAGUCACAAACGGCGCAGGCAUCUGGAGGGGGAGAAGCCUUUUGCAGACGACAGAGCUCAGAAGUACAUGAAGCAGGAAGAGCAGAAGUACAGCUCUUCCAAGAGUGCCCGGAAUAGCAAGGACUUGGAUUACUUUAGUGGUGGCAGAGUGAGGCGGACGGAAGAACGGCACGUUGAAGAACCUGUUAAAUACAGUUCAAAGAAGGGCUGCAAUGCUUGUGUUAACUCUUCCAAAGCAGAUGUUGAGCUGAGAUCUUUUAAAAACAAACUGAAUGAAAGAGUGAGGAAAGAUGGGGAAUUGAGGAAAAACGUAGAUUCCUCCAAUAGCCAGCGUGAUGCAAGUCAUACUGUUUCAGAUGUGAAAAUGUCAGAUGCCAACUGUAUGAGAGAACAUCUCACAGUCAAAGUGGAUAUGAAGAAAAUGGUGACCAAGUACAGGACUGCUUCUAGUCACACUACAGAAAGACAGAUGUCCCAUGAUCUGGUUGCUGUUGGUAGAAAAAAUGAAAAUUUUCAUCCAGUGUUUGAACACAUGGAAUCUGUAACACAGAACAUUGAGAAUGAUCCAUCAAAAGAAUUUACUCAGGAAAUAAUCACAAUUAUUCAUCAAGUUAAAGCAAAUUAUUUUUCAUCUCCUGACAUAACUCUACACGAGCGGUUCUCAAAAAUUCAGGAUAAAUCAAGUGCAAAUACAAAUGAAGUUAAAAUGCAUUUGGAUCCAGAAAUUCACAGGAGGAUUGACAUGUCUCUAGCAGAACUUCAGAACAAACGAACUGUGCCAUCUGAAUCUCCCCAGAACAUUGUAAGAGUGUUAGAAGAUCCAAAUGAUCUACGGUAUGAUAUAGAAAGGAGAAGAAAAGAGAGAUUGAAGAAUGAAGAUGAGAGAGUGUUUCAUGUAGAUGAUGUAACUCCAAGGAACCAGCAAAGCUGCAGUCUUUCAAAGUUACAAACAUCUCAAGUUGAUGGUUUCCAAAAGCCUAUGAGGUUCAUUAAGCCACCUUUCAGGAAAUUUAUUGGGAGACCUCAGCUGAAUUCUUACUAUUCUUCAAGACCAAGUGACACUUACCCCCACAGACGCAUUAGAGGACACCUUGAAAAUGCAGGACCCAUCAGAAGGCACUUUAAGAGCAACUUUGCAGAUGGCCGUUUGCAAUCCCAUUAUAAAUCAGGCUUAGUGCAGAAGGGUUUAUAUAUUCAGGCUAAGUACCAGCGGUUACGUUCUGUUGGUGUAAGGGGAUUUGCCACUAAUAAAUUCAGAGAUGGAUUUCUGAGGAAAGAAAAGGGAAAUCUAAAUAUUGCAACAGAAACCUGAACUGAACUGACAUCCUGAAGUUGAAAGAUAACACUGCAAAGGGAGCAUCUGUUUGGUUUUUGACAACUUUCUCAAGACUUAAAAUAGGAUAAAGGAACUAAUGCUGUAACUUUCUUGAUUACAAAAUAACUUUAUUUUGAAUGCUGCAGAACUUUUUUACAGUUUUAAUAAUUGCUUUUAAAGUACAGUAUUCAAAUGAAACAUCGUAUUAUGUACCUUUAGUUCUGUUUGCAUACCCGUCUCAAGUAAGGAAGUCAUUGAAGGGAAUCUUAUUUGUUGAAUAAUUUUUCUCUAAGCAUGAUGUUACAGAUGGAACUUGAGUUGUUAUACCCAGAGGUUUAUAUGUUGAAAGUUUAUUGCUAAUGUAAUAAUAAAAAGAAAAAAAAAAGUGCCUGAACUGUUUGGUAAUAGCACAUUAGCUCAGGAUUUUCCAAUUAAUGACCUUUUAGGUUGUGCAAUAGAUUUUACACCUCUGUUCAGUCAUUUCCAUAAAACAGUAUUUUGUAUUACUUUGGAUUAAUAAUAUACUUGGGUUUCUGAUGUGUAUAUAUAUUUGUAAAUUGUUAGAAUGUUGGGACAACUUUCAGCAUUUGAUUAAAAUUAAUGGUUACAGGCAGGUAUGUAAAGUACUGUAGCAGUAGCUUAUAACUGCACUGAAAGCAUGCUUGGGUUUGUUAGAAGAUUAGUUGAUCUGUAUACAAAAUUAUUCUGUCUCAUUAUAUUUUGGUGUAUGAGAUUCUUGACCACAAGAAUCAAGCCACAUGUUCUCUAAGCUUUUUCAUCAUAAACGAUUUGGUAGUUUUGUGAAUUCUAGAAUUGGGGCCUGAAAUAUUAAAUUACAAGAAAAACAAAAAAGUAAGUUUUUGAAAGCAUGUCUUCUAACAACGAAAUUGUUCAUAAUUGAAACUGCUUUAAAUGCAGAUAGCUGGUGAUUUUGUUCAGAAUGAUUCUCUGAAGUUUACUGUACUGCAGUAUUGUUAGGCUCUGUGCAAAACUCAAAUAGCCAGACCUGUUUCAUAAGCAGCUAUAAACAGUAUUGUGUUUA